GCGACGCCAUAUUGGAUUCGGACGUCCACACGGCAGGCCGGAUCAGCGAGAAGUGAGAGAGGAAAGACAACCCGAAAAAAAAACCCUUAGAACGGAAUUUGGUGAGAUUUUUCUGUCACGUUGACCCCGUGUGCCGUUAAACCGUCAAUAAAAUCGGACUCGUUUUCAAAAGGAUAAACGUGGACAUUUGUUGACCCGGGGGAAAAAUCGAGCGAGUAGACCCAGGGGAAAAGCCAUUUCCCCCCGCCUGAGAACCCCUUGUGUUUUUUUCGAAGGGACACGACUACCGCCGACUCUCAGAUCGGCCAAGAUGACGGAGUCGAUGAAAUUCGGACCUGAAUGGUUUUUCUCCUCCAGGCUAAGAAACCUUUCGGAGACACCUGUCCAGCCGCAGGUGCGAUAUCAACUGGCGGAUUUCAGAUACGGGAAGGAGGAGAUGCUUGCCCUCUUCUCGCCGAACCUCCAGCCACCCGACUCUCUCAAGGUCCUUGUACCGAAGGGAGUUUAUAUCGAAAAAGCUCAACCGCCUCUUACGCUCACCACCAUGACCGACGAGGAGACUAGAAUGUGGAAUAGAGGUAUAAAUCCGGAUAUGCUGCCGAGGACGCCUGGUAAGGGGGAAGGACGAGGUGGCCUCAGGGGGGCCGGUGGUAGGGGUAGAGGAAGGGGUGGAAGCACAUACUAUAGUAGCGGCAGGGGAGGAGGAGGAGCCGGAGCCGGCGGUAACCCGGUCGGCGGCUACGGCGACGACAUCGAACCUGUACCGGGCAAUGUGGGCGCUGUACGUUACGGCGAGAGGCCAACCAGACCAUUCGAACGAUCACAAAGCGAGAGGGAGAGGGGGCGAGACAGCUGGUCGGACAGGAACGGCGGUGAGGGGCGAGGCGGCGGCGGGAACAGGAACAGCGACGGGAACUGGCGAAGGACCAGGGGUGGCGGCGGCGAUGAGGAAGACUGGCGGCCACCCAAGUGGUCUGGAAGCGCAAAUUCUUACGGAAGGAACACAAGUUGGCGCGAAGAAGAUAAUUGGGAUAUGGGUAAUUCUCAUGCAAAAGGGAACACCCAUCUUCCUGAAUGGGCGACGGAAAAGAACAGUGAAGGAGGUGGGACUUUUGACUCUUCUGGAGCGUUCAGAUCGACAGAGAUGCCAUUAGAAGAUGAGGACGACAGAUUGAAAGAAAGACACGUGUUUAAAAAGGCCGAGCCGAUUCAGCCGAAACAGCCAGACAAGGAGGAGGCCGCGGCGGCGGAAGAAGAACCACCCGGGGAUCAGCAGCCAGACGAGUCUAGCACCACGGACCCCGGUGGGUCGGCCAUGCAGGCGCAACACCACCAGCCCCAGGCUCAGAUGCUACCACAGCCGCCUCAGGUGCAGCACAUGCCACCGAUGCAGCAGCAGCCUCCUUCGCCCAUCCACCAAGCGAAGCAAAAUUCGCCAUGCCAGAAGAAAGAAGCCCAGCCUGACUUACAUCUUGACGAUUCGAUCGGUCAUAUCACCGACGAUCUUGCGGCCGAUUUGGCGAAGCUCAUGGAAGACGAGGAGGACGAGAAGAAGGGGAAACAGUGGUUUUACAGGGACCCACAGGGUGAGAUACAAGGCCCGUUCAGCUGCGCUGAGAUGGCAGAGUGGUUCCAGACAGGCUACUUCUCGCUCAACCUGCUUGUACGUAGGGCGUGCGAUACGCACUACGCCCCAUUGGGUGACCUCAUAGCCAACUGGGGUUACAUACCAUUCCUACCCGAGAACCACCCGCUCAACAAGGAGGGCCUGAACCAACCAAACCACCAGGCCAAGGAGCACUACCUGCUCAACCAGUACCAACAGCAGUACCGGUUGAUGAUGAUGCGACAACAGGCGGCGAGGAUGUCUACGAAACCACCGCAUGAGUGGAUUGAAUCGCAGCAACACCAGAUGAUGGACCAGGUCAUUCAUCCACCUUUCCAGCAGCAAAUGACACCACACCACGUUAACAACAACAAUCUUCGAGCACUACUUGCCCAAAUGCAGCAGCAGCAAACACUGAAUGCUCAGCAACAGACACAGUCUUCCGGAGGGGGUGGUACUCAGCCAUUCCAACAGCCUCACCAGCCACCGAUGGGCAAACCGCCGCCGCCGCCUCGUACGACAGAGGAGAUUUCAAGGACAGUGUGUGAUUUCCUCCGUGGCCUACAGGCCAAGUCAGAACAGCAGCAGGCAGCUGCCGCAGCUGCACAGCAGGGUGCACCGAUCGAGUCAAUCCUCGGCGGCGCCAACUUCCACCAGCCCCCUCCUCCCCCUCCUCAGUCACUUCAGAACAACUCGACUGCUAUACAGAAUCUCUUGAGAAAGAUGCAAGCGACACAUCAGAACAAGAUGCAAGUCAAUUCAAAUUCUGAAUCAAUUUGGAAUGGUAUCAAUUGGAACCAAUGGAAUCAUCUAAAUCCGAAAGGGAUUAAAACAGAACAACAAGUCUUAGAGGAACAGUUAAGAGCAGAAGAAGAAAGAAUGAGAGAGGAGCUCAGAAAACACGAAGAGGCGAAAAGGCAGCAGGAGGCAGCCGAAGAGGAGAAGAAACACAUCAACACGCUUGCAAUGAGAGAGGCAGAGGAGCUUUCGAGGAGGCAGCAACAGGAAGAGGAGGACAUAAGAAGGAAGCAGGAAGCGUCGAGGCGCGCCGAAGUUGAAAGGCAGCGCAAAGGCGAGGAAAAGCGUAAAAAGGACGAGGAGAAGAGAAAACAGGAAGAGGAGAAAAAGGAGAGAGAUAGACUGAGAGAGGAGGAGCGUAAAAAGAAAGAAGCAGAAGAGGCGAAAAAGAAAGCUGCGGCUGAUGUCAUGGCAAAGGUUCAGAGGUCGCAGUGGUGUCCACCCGCAGCUUCAAACACCUCCCUUCUCGAGAUACAAAGGAGCGAACGUGAACAACAGCAGAUGCUGCGCGGCCUUCAGCAGCAACAACAACAACAGCAGCAGAUGGAGUCGCAAAAGAACUCUUUCAUGCAUCUCAAAUGGACUGAGGUGCAACGCCAUCUCACUGUCGAGUCGCUCGCCGACAUACAGGCCGAGCAGCUCGAACAGCUCAUGAAGAUUGAAAAGGAAAAACAGGAAAGGGAAAAGGAAAAGGCAAGCAGCGUCCCGCAGACAUUGGGCAGCUGGUCACAGGGGCUAACAUGGGGGUCGGGGCUCAUGGCGCCCGGCUCGGUUUGGCAGAACACAGGCGGGGGCUCGUCCGCUGGCAACCUAGGUGGCAGCGGAUUCUGGGAGCAGAUUGGCAACCCGGCUAAGCUACCAUCGCCUUCGAUCGCUCCGCCGAGCCAGGCGCAGCGUAACGUCUCAUCGCCUUCGCAGCCGAUAGGCACCGUCCCUCAGGGCAAGGAGACGAAAUCGAAGGCAAAACGUGAGGAAGUCGGUGUCCUCAAACUAUUCAACAACUGCCAUUACGACGAGUUUACGCAGUGGUGCACCUCCGCCCUCGCCAACAUACAAUCCACAGUUGACAUACCGACGUUCGUGAGCUUCCUGCGCGACGUCGAAUCUGCGUCCGAGGUCCAAGAGUACGUCCAGGAGUACCUUGAUGAUGAGAAGGAAGCGAAGGAGUUUGCGAGGCAGUUCGUCGAAAGGCGGAACCGGCUCGCUGGCGGACAGCAAACGGCCAAAUCCAGCGUCCAGUCGUCCUCCUCGUCCAAAGAGGACUUCCAGCAGGUCAAGAGCAAGAACAAAAAGGCGAAGAAAAACAAGAUGCAGAAGGUCGACACCCGCAUCCUCGGCUUCAGUACGACUUCGGCCCCGGACAGGAUCAACGUCGGCGACAGGGAGUACCCAAACGAUGUCUGAGCCGGCGGACCGCUACGUCGCUGUACAUAAAAACCCUAAUAAUAAUAAUGAAAGUUUUUUUUUCUUUAAAACUUAAAAAAAAAUAUUUAAACAAAAAAUUCUAUAUUCAAAAUAAAAAAAUAAAUGAGAGAAAUUUAAAAAAAAAUAUAUAUAUAAAAAAUAUAACGAGAGAUUUUAUAUGAUAUGCGUACGAUGUGAAUUGUACGUUUAUGUGUGUUUGGUGCGUACGUAUCAGAUGUUUAUGCAGGCCAUUUUACCGCCUGCACGCGUGGUUGCCUCUCUAAUGUUGAAAAUAAAAUAAGAAAAACAUUUUGA